AUGAAAAGAUUGGAGAUUACAAAGACAGACGAGGAAUGGAUCGACAAGUUGUCCGACGCAUUACCUUAUGAUGAAUGGGGCACGUACUUAAUGAUGUUGAAAAACAACUCGGAUUUUGUGAAUUUGAAUGUCAGCGCAUUCAUUGAAAAGAUAGAAGCUCAUGAAUUGGAGUUGUUGAAGAUAAGGAAGAUGAAUUCAGCAAAUGUGCAGCAAGACGUAUCUUUUUACUACAAAGGAAGCACUCCUAUUGCAACAAAUCAAAGUCCGAAGAUACAGACGGGUUUUAGUGCUGAUACAAAUUCAAGUGCUUCUACAAACACUCCACAAUCAAACAAGUCUUCACCGUUUGCGAACUAUGAGCCAAAGUUCAAAGCUCCAGAGCAGUCUUCACCUCAAAGCUCUACAAGUUCCAACAAUCAGGCUUACGUUUCUGGGCUGCAAUACAACAUGGCGGUAAAUAUUAAGAACGGAAAUGAAAUUACUGAAACAGCCGCGAAACAACAUAUUGCUUUACUGGCUUUCGUUUUAGAAGCGUAUGAAGGUUUAGUGGCGGGCAAGAUCGGCAGGAACAGUCUCUCAGGCCCUGAUCAAAAGCUAGGGUUCGACAAAUCAAAGGUUACCUGUUUCAAGUGUAAGGAACGUGGCCAUUUCAAGAGAGAAUGCCCAAACCGUGAAGUGAACAACCAUCAGAACCCGUUCACAAACGAUUAUUACAGGCAGGCGAUCUAUCAUCGACCUAACCAACAACCUGCUGUUCAGAGACCGCAAAUAGAGAAUAAACCGGAGAAGGCUCUUAUCGUGAAUCAAGAUGAUGAAAAAGCCACGAUGGCAGAAAUAGUUGAGGUACCAGAGAUGGUGACUGAGCCAGAAAUGGUUGUUGAAGAGGUUCCUGUUGAGAAUGUGGUCGAUAUUGAAGAAAUCGCUGCAGAAGUUUACUAUUACCAGUCAGAACAGGAGGUAUUGGCAAGUUCUAUGAAAUCGAUAAUGCCUCCUAAAGUGUUUGAAUCUUUUGCAGGUUAUUUCGAAGAACCGACGACUGGAUCGUGUCCAAGAUACGAAGAAAAGAAAGAAGUUGUCGAGGAAAUGAUAGACGUGACAAAAGAGCUGACUGGAGAGACAUUGAAAGAUAUUGCUGACAAAGCUCUCAUGGGAAAGCUAAAAGAGGUAGACACAGAACUUGAGAAGUCAGAGUCUGUCAGUACCGUGUCAGUCAAACAGGAGUCAGAUCAGAAAUCUGGAGUUCACGAAGUCAAAGUGUCUGAGUCUGAGUUGAAAAAUGUCGAUAAACAAGAUGUGAAAAUUGUUUGUGAUGAACAGGAAUUGAAACAUCAUGCAGAUAUGCUAAAAUUUGACCUUGGACAAGUCAAAGAGGCUUAUGACACUCUUGCCAGGUCAAUUAAAAUGAUCCAAAAAGAGAGUGUUGAAAACGACAAAGCAACAAAAUUGGUUAAAGCAACACUGUUUGAUAAACAAGUUGAGGUUAAUUUUCAUCUAGACACGAUCGCUUCACUAAAGAAAGAGCUUGAAUUAGCUAAAAUCGAAAAUGAUCGAAUUGAUAAAAAAUCGAUGAGUUAUGUGGCUUCAUCUUAUGUUCUUGAACAGAUUGUCCCACAGCAGCCACAUGCUGCACCAGUCUUUAAGAGCGUUCCACCCCCAAUCAUUGAUGUUACAUUCUCUGCAUCCGACACCGACAACGAAUCACAGGUCAUCAAAACCGUUGUUGAUCAGGUGUUAGAUGAAGAGAGUGAUAACUCUGAGAAAUCUCAAUCUGAGAAAGCUGUUAGUGAGUCUGAAGAUGAGGAUAAUGAAAAUGCCACUCAGGCAUUCAUGGCUGAGAUAGUGCUAGUUGAAGAUGUUGAAGCUGCUGUGGGAGAUGCUGAAGUGACAGUGGAUGCUGAGGUGAAGAUAGAGAGUAAAGCUAAAGAAGAAAAGAAGGUUGAUCAGGUACCAGGUGCUGAAGAUGAAAAGCAAAAGUCCGAACAUGAAAGGGAAGCUGAAGAAAAAGAUGCUAAAUACAAGAGAAUGGAAGCUCAGCUUGCGACUCUAAUGGCAAAUCUUGACAAACAAACAGGAGAGGGUUCAAACGUUAUUUUUGAUCCACUUCACAACAGCUGUUGUGACUUGGAUGUGAAGAAAAAUACUGAAUUGGCUAAGUUUAGCAGUAUUCUGGAGUUCAUGGGUCGAGUACCAAUUCAAAAGGCUUUGACUGAUCAACGUCCAUUGUACAAGUCACAUAUUAAACGAUUCUGGAAGCAUUCAAAGUAUGAUGAAGCAAACAAAGCAAUUCAUUCAAUUGUGAAGGUGCAUAAUGAAAAGAAGGAAAUUGUUGUUACUGAGGCGCUCAUUCGUGAGGUUAUGAAUUUUCCAGACGAUGCAGAUUCGCAAACAAAAUUUCCAGAACGAACGGUCAAGGGUUUUAAUCAUCAAAACUGGAGAAAUGAAGAAGAAAUGAAGGAAGCAGCUUACGUUGAUGAGCUUAAGACUCUUGAGGAGUUCAAAACCACCCGAAAUGACUGGUUUGUCAAAGAAACGAGGAGGAGAGGCAAGAAGGUUACCCCUAAAUCACAGGAGGGUAAGGGGUCUUCAUCGCAGCCAAAGAAGAAACAAAAGAAAGUGGCUAAGACGUUAUUGAUUGAUGAGCCAGAGGUUAAGAGCCGGUGGAUACUGCGGAAGAAGAUCUUGUCUGAGCAAGCAGCAAAUGUGGAAGCUGAGAAAGAGAAGGUUAUUGAUGAUGUUGAAGGUGAUGAUGUCAAUAAAAGUACAACAAGUUCUUCGAGUUCUUCUGAUGAAGAAAUAGAUGAGACUGAACGUCUAAGAAGAAUUCAAGAAGCUACAGAGAAAGAGAAACAAUUAAGGAAGAGGAAGAGACAGGAGAAAGAUGAUGCUGCAUACAUUCCAUCUCCUGAGCAUGUUUCUGAAUCACAAUCACCUUCAAGCGGCAAAAAGAAAGCAGGUCUUCAUAUUCCUCCAGAUAAUCUUGAAGAUAUUGGAGAUUUUGGCUUUGCAAACGAUGAACAAGUAAAGAAGUUAGAAAAGAAGAUGGAUGAUGUGAUGAAUGAAAACAAAGUAGUUGCAGCUGAAAGUAAGAAGGUAGCUGAUAGAGAAAAGAUUCUCGAAAUGCGUGUGAAGCGAUUAGAGUCUGAUAACAAAGCUUUACUGAAGAAGAUUGAUACAGAUCAGACUGAGAUUGACUUUCUGAAAGUGCGAGUGGCAGAGUUGGAAGAAGAGAAGGCUCGCAGAGAUGAGCAGAACAAGUAUUUUGAGAUGAAAAACAAAGAGCUUGAGGCUGCGAAGGCUCUGAAAGAGCAUGAGUUUUAUAUGUUGAAUAAAGUUGUUGAAAAUAUGCUUGGAACGUCAAUUGAACAAAGAUUCGAAGAGAUUCAAGUUGAAGAGCUUAGAGCAAAACGCCAAGCUGAGAUUGACGAACAGAUGAAAGAUAAGGGUAAGGGUGCUGAAAGCAGUGUGGCAGCUGUUGAGAGAUCAAUUGUUCCUUCUAUAGUCAUUGAGAAUCCAGUUCCUAUAUCUUCUGUAUCAGCAAUCUUCGAAGAACCUGAUGAUGACGAUGAUGAAAAAGUUUUUUCGGCUAGCAGUCAUGGUUCUGAUAACGACGAUGACGAUGCUCAAGGUGGUAUGGGAAUUAAAGUAACUGAAGCUUCCAAUGAAAGAACUGUUGAUGAUUUUCUGAAUGACUCUGUGAAUGAAGAGUCAGGCGGAGCUGAAGGAAAGGGGGAGUCUGGUGAUAAUCAGAAUGUAAAGCAUGUUGAAAAGUUAAUUCUGAGAAUAGAGACUGAUAAGGAGGAAGGUGAACACCGACAUACGUAUUCAUUGGAAGAGAUUAAAGAAAUGACACGUAUGGUGGAUCCUGACUUCAAAUUUGAUUUUGAGGAAGAAUUAAAUGCAUUCGACAUCAACCACCAACCUGAAUACGAGUAUAAGUAUGUAGAGGAUGCUGAUAUGUACGACAGGGUUGAGGUUGAUGAUUGCACAGAUGAUGAGAGUGUAAGUGAAGAUACUUCUCAGUAUCCUACGCUGAUGGGGUUCUUUACUGAAGAAAAUAGAGAUGAGUUAAGAAGGAAAGUAGCUGAAAUCUUAAAAGACAAAAAUUUCGAUGGUACUCCGAAGGAUAUGUAA